AUGGUGUUUGCAUUAAAAUACAAACCCUCUGACAUCUGUUCACAGGAGCUGGUGACCCUUGACCCCAGCAAGUCAGCUGACAUGGUGCUGUUUCACUUCGCUGAAGAGGUGCAGCAAAUCGUCUCUGAGCUUCAGGAUGACCAGUUACUCUUCAGGUUCCUCAGCUGCCUCCUGGAGCCACGGGAGGGCCAUCUCUCAGGGACCAUGCUGCCUCUGCAGAGGGACCUCCAUGAGCUCCUGCUGGACUUACUGUGCCGCUUCGGCCCCCGGCAGCUCCUGGGCUUCCUGCAGACCUCCCAGCACUACAGACUGGAGGAGGCCAUACAGACAACUCAGAAGUACCACCACAGCGAGGCCACAGCCUACUUGCUGGAGAUGAAGGGAGAUGUUCAUGGAGCUUUUGCUGUCCUGUUAGAGACUCUGAAGGAGAAACUGAGUGUCCUCACUGCUGAGAGUGAGAGAGCAGAUGAAGGGGGGGAGGAGAGAGACAGGGAUCACACACUGAGCAGAGUGAAGGAGUCGCUGAAUGACAUCAUAGAGCUUUGCCACCGAAGCUCUGACAACCUGGACCAGCAACAAAGAGAGGUCUUGUGGUUUCCACUUCUGGAGACCAUGAUGGCCUCUCAAAAACUAGUGAAGGGGCUUAAUGACGAACACACAUUUGAGGUGCUGAAUGAGAGUGAGAGAGGGGGAGGGGUGUCGGUGAGGGAUGAGGGAGGGAGCAGGGGAGAGAUGUGGAGGUUACAGGAACAGGUGGGGAAACAGCAGGUGUUGAGGGGAAGCCACAGUUGUAUUCUUGCGGAUGAGAUGGGUUUAGGGAAGACCAUCCAGACAAUCUCCUUCCUCAACUACCUGUUCAACGACCACCAGCUGUACGGACCCUUCCUGUUGGUCGUGCCUCUCUCCACACUCACCUGCUGGCAGAGGGAAAUCCAGCUUUGGGCCCCUCUGAUGAACUUCGUCGUCUACCUGGGAGAUAUCAGCAGCAGGAACAUGAUCAGGACACACGAGUGGAUGCAUCCUCAUAACAAGAGGCUAAAGUUUAACAUCAUUCUCACGACGUAUGAGAUUCUUCUCAAAGACAAGUCCUUUUUGGGCGCUGUUAGCUGGGCUUUCAUUGGUGUGGAUGAGGCGCAUCGACUGAAGAACGACGACUCCCUCCUGUACAAGACCAUGAUGGAUUUCAAGUCCAAUCACAGGCUUCUGAUCACAGGAACGCCGCUGCAGAACUCUCUGAAGGAGCUGUGGUCCCUGCUGCACUUCAUCAUGCCAGAGAAGUUUCACGCAUGGGAGAUCUUUGAGGAGGCGCAUGGUAAAGGCAGAGACUCGGGAUACGCCAGUCUGCACAAAGAGCUGGAACCGUUUCUCCUGCGAAGAGUCAAGAAGGACGUGGAGAAAUCUCUUCCUGCCAAAGUGGAGCAGAUCCUCCGAGUGGAGAUGAGCGCUAUCCAGAAACAGUAUUACAAAUGGAUCCUCACCAGGAACUACAAGGCUCUGAGUAAAGGUAAAGGCAGCACGUCGGGCUUCCUGAACGUCAUGAUGGAGCUGAAGAAGUGUUGUAACCACUGUUACCUUAUCAAGCCGCCCGAGGACAACGAGUUCCUCAACAGAGCCGAGGCAUUACAGACACAGUACCUUCUUAUGUCCAGGCGACCCAAAUAA